CAGUUAUGAAGCUAGUACUACUAGUACAGACGCCAUAGCCACCGCAGCCUUGUGUCCCUGCCAAGGCUGCGUCCAAGGCUGAAGUCACUUGUCCGCUGACCGCACUGCAUCAUUGCAGUGCACUGCAAGUGACCUCCGCGAGGCCUGUGCCCACAUCGACAACAUCGACAAGACGGGUGCCGUAUGUUAGUACUGUGCGCAACUACUCCUACUACGACUAGUCCUUUUUGUAAUCAGUGAUCCUGCCACAGCCGGCUGAAUCCAUAUCCCUGCUUCAAGAUAUUCAUUAGCUUCAAGCACUGCAAUGGAUCAGUCUCAAGCCAGGGCGCUGGCUGCCCUCCAGCCUUUCGUCCACCUGGCGACGACGACCAAAUCCCCAUCUCCUCGCUUCGUCGCCGAGCUGAUCAAAGGCGCCAUCUCUGCUCCCGGCGCUUAUGUCUUUACCGAGCUACUCCAAACGCCAGCAGUCCAAAGCCUCCGCGGGACCGAAUUACAAUCAUGGUUGACACUGCUGGAGAUCUUCAGUUGGGGCACUUAUGAAGAAUACAAAAACAUUCCCGACCUCCCACAACUCGACGAUGCUCAAACCCUCAAACUUCGCCAACUAAGUCUUUUGACACUGGCAUCGCCAUUUGCCCCCAACCUGAACGGAACAGAAGCCACAACAACAACCAACACGCUAACAUAUCCAUCCCUCCUCAAAUCUCUCUCCCUCCCAGACGCCGCGAGCCUCGAAUCGCUAGUCACCCAGUCGAUCUACUCGGGCCUACUUACCGGCCGACUGUCACCUACAUCCAACCCGCCCGUUGUGAAUAUUGUGUCGGUAGCUCCUCUGCGUGAUCUCAGACCUCAAUCUUUGCCUGCGCUACUGCAGAUCCUGCAGACCUGGGAGUCGAGAUGCACAUCGGUCGUGAGUGAGCUGGAAGCCCACAUCUCGGCCAUCCGCGAUACAGCUGCACAACGCAGCGCAACUCAGAAAAAGCGGCAGGACGUCGUCGACGCCGCUGUGCUGAGCACCUCCGACAGCAGCAACAAGCCUUCAUCUGGCGAUGGCGGCGAAUCCAACACUGGCAACAAGAAUAAUGGCGGUGCCGGCCGUGCCAUUCGUGGUGCCGCCGCUGCCGCCGCAGCACAUAGGUUGCCAAGCAAGCGAGAUCUCGAUCAGCAGAUGGAAGGCGAGGCCGCCGACGUCAGCGACGACGAGGGCCAGAUGGAUUGGGAUGAGGGUGGUGGUGGUGGUGAUGCGGGUAUUCCUGCCUCUGGUAGUAGCAGUCGUGGAGGCCAUGGCGCCGGCGGUGGUUCCAGAGGCGCAAAGAGGAAUCGCGGCCGCGGAUCGAAAUGAGCCACGGCAAUAGAUUCAUUGCUUGCAUUGUCUGAAAAGAAUCCGACGCACUGCCUUAUGCACCAUCAAAUCAGCUAAAACUGCAAGCUUCCCUUUUAUUUGCACACCUGCAGUUGUGGCAGAAUGGCCCAGCUAUGGACAAGGGGCACGGUUAUCAUGCCAUCCCUCCGCCAAGGCAGGGCAAAAUCAAAACAGAGCAAGGCAAAGCAAAGCAAUAUUGGUAUUGCUAUGCACUUUUCGGCACCCUUGAUACCUAUCAGCAGCUUGCAAUGCUCGCAUACCUAUCUAGUAUGCCACGCUUGGACGAAUGCAGUGACAACGAAUGAAUAUACGAGUAACGAGACAUUGUUGAGCUUUGAUCACUUCAUCAGGUACCUACUCAAGGAUUCUAGAAACCCGCUUCGAGCCAUGGCGUUAGUAUAGGACCUACGUAAGGUAAGCAGGUACUGUACUGAAGAGAUUUCCAAGUCAAUAUAUCUUCAUCUUCCAGCUCCAAUAAUGGAUUUGAUUACCUGUUGUACUAGUAUCUUAUUGAUUGAUCCACAAGACCAAAAAGAAACGCUCAUGGUUCAAGUUGAUGAAUCUCUGCAUCCAAAGUCAUCUAUUCCUAGUAGUACUGCUAACUCAGCUUUAGUAGUACCUCAGUUUCAGCAUCUCGAGCUCAGCUCGACUCCUCCAUUCCUCUCCAUCCACAUGCAGCCGGAGAAGCGUUCCUUCGAAAAGAAGAAAAUAUGAAAGAUGAAAGAAGCGGGAAAGUGCACAAAGAAGAAAGAGGAAGAGAAAGAGAAAGAAAAAAGAGCCCCAAAAAAGCGUGAAAAAAGAAAGUCAAGUAAAGUAAGCUGAGGUACCUUAUCCAAGCUCGUCUUGUUGUUGAGCUUCUCGUCUUCCCUU